UUUCGCCACUACUCGCCGCGUCGUAUUCUCUCCUCUCCCACUCUCACUCAUUCACACUUCCACAAUUCACAAUUAGGACACGAGAGGAGGGGAAAUUCUCCUAAAUUAAUUAUUAAUUAGUUAAAUUCGAAUGAGCUAAUCAUUAAAAUUUGGUCUUGAACUCUUCACCGCCCUUUUGUGGUAGAAGAGAGAAGAGGAGUUGUAAAUUCUUCAGCGAGGUGCGGAAUUUGUUGUUCUGUUUAUCAUGUCGGGGAGGAAAGUGAGAAAGUCAGCAGUGCAGUCGGUUCCUGGGAGGAAGUCGAAUAUGAAGACGACCGGGAGUGGAAAGGUCCAACCCGGACCGAAGAAACGGGUGGAAUUCAAGGAAAACCUGCCUAGGGUUAGCAGUGUAUCUAGUGAUGACGAUGACGACGAAGGGGGUGUGGAGAAGGAAAUGCAAAGAACUGCAAAAUUGGAAGAUUAUACAAACAUGGUUCGAGAUAAGUGUGUCUUGACGGAUCGCUGGAUGGUUUAUGAUCCUCAGCAAGACCCUUCGAAAAAUCAGAGAGCGUCACUAGUUAUGGAAAUGGACAAAACGGUGGAGGGAGAGCUUAGAAUUAAGCGAUGUGUAAAGAUCUUUGACGACCGGACGUAUCAAGUUUUGAUUGACAAUGUUGACAUGACUUCUCAGUUUGAUUAUAUUAAUAACAGCAAAAAGCUUCAAACAACUCAUGACUCUGAUAAACUUAUACACGCCUUAAUUACGAAGAAAGUGUGCCAAGGGUUGAGAACCUAUGAUCCAAAAAAUCCAAUUUUGAUUCAAGGGAAUUUGCCAAUCAAGCAACGUGGAAAACUGUGGUAUGCAAAGGAGUGUACAGUCAUUGUCACUAAAGCAUUCAUGGGCAAUUCCUGCAACGCAUGUAUCAAAGUACGGAACCAGAUUCGUCGUUGUUUGCAAAAUGAUACUAGGAAAAAGACAAGGCCUGCGAUGAAACAAGUAAAGAGCACAUUUGGAAAAGCCCUUUAUUCGUUACUGAACGACUUUUCUGGCAGGGGUCCAAUCCCACCCUCUCAGUAUCCCAGAGAGAACAUGGUGUUUGAUGAGAAGCUUGGAAUUCAUCUCAACUUUGAACUACAUCAGCGACUUUAUAUCGCAUCAACAAUGCCUCCACCCCCAAUGCCCUUGUCGAAAUCUCGGAGCAGGAAAAACCGCCGGGGAUCUGGACGGGGACGAUACCCUCCACCUUCAUCAACCAUCACUUCCGACUCUUACCCCAUCCAACAGUUUAUUACAGAAGAUGGACAACUCUGUUAUGUUGCUAAUGUCGUUGAUGGACACAAUAUGGGAUCCGAUCUUCAAUACGGAAUGCCAAUGAUGGUUGAAAAGUUUGAACCCUCCGAGUUGAAUGAGUAUGUUCAACUCCCUGAUGGCAGCUUCGUCAUUCAAAACGUAAAUGGGCAAGAAUUUACCCUCGCUGAAGGUCAGGAAUAUGAACUCCUUGGAGAAGCUCCAGUUAACACAUCUUCCAUCGAUCCCAGCGAACUUGUCCCAGUAGACAGCCAGCAGAUUCAGAUCAUUGAAGUGGAUGACGCCACGAUGGAACAGAUUCAAGUUCACAACAGCAUGGAGGAUAUGCAAAUUGCAUCCAUUGACCCUAAUGAUCCCAAUUUGUCCCAGCUAUUCCGCGUUUUCCAAUCUCACAUUCAAGGCCUCGCACUGAUUUGAUUCAUUUUCUACAACUUUACUCAACGAUUCCGUUUAAUAUAUAAGAGGUAAACAUAUUGUAAUAAUAUGAUAUCCUCGUCUGUGUGGUCAGACUUGAAUGUUAGCAUACUAUAUUAAUAUAUUGUUCCAUUUGACUUGUGCUGAUGACAGUGACAUGAAAUAUGACCAAAGUACAUUUGUUAUUUAAUUAGAAUCACCAGCAAUAACCGUUUUGUAACAUACUUAAUUUUUUAAAUGACGAUAAUAGGAAAUUAAGAUUUCUUUACCAAUAUUACAUUAUUUUCCACUCGAUACGUAAUCCCAGUACAGGGAAUUAGGAAAGGUGACAAGAUGCUCAUGAAAAUGUUUACCCAUCAUUGUAUAAACUAACAUAGACGGGCACCGUUUUUAAGUCUUGACGUGAUGAUGUAAAUAUGAAAUCCUUAUUUAUGAUUCACAGCAACCUUGUCAUUGAAAAAUUAUAAGAAAAGAGUUUUCAUAUAGGACAAGAAAAAUAAAUACAUAAUAAUUUGAAAUUAA